UGGCUUUCGUAUGAAAUUCAAGGUAUUUCGUGGUGUGCGUCUGUUGUUUGGCGUUCAUAUAAAUCAGAAUGCCCACAGCCUCAGCCAUCCGAGCCAGCGCCGCUUCGCCGGCCAUUCCCAGGGCGGCCGAGAGUUCCGGGGGCGAGCGUCGGCGUUGCCGUCGCCGAAAGCAGUGGCGCCAUUGCCACAAUGCCAGCCCGGGCGCAAGUACGGGAAGCGCGAAGGACGUCCAGAUCGGAAAUCCGGGCGGCGAGCGACUUGAAGGAGGACACGAAAAAACAGAGAGGGGUCGACGAUGCGACAGGGGAAGCCCCCCAGCCCUGAAGAAAGGGGGGCCGUAUCUGGCGGGCGAUUGGAUGGGCGGCGCCCCUGCCUGGGGCGCGCGCGCCAGAAGCGAUAGCCCCGCGCGCGCGCGUGCCUUGCUCGUGGCCGUCCUGCCGGAUGGCAGGCCUCCGGCGGGAACUUGGCGUAGGCGGGCGGAACGCGCGGAAGAGAGGCCGGCUGGCGUCGAGAAAUACUUAUGUGCACGCGUAGCAGCUCAGACCUUCACAUAGAACCCCCUGCGUCGAUUAUCCCAGACCCCCCUGGGAUGUUUUUUUAAUCAUCUCAGACCCCUCGCUCGGGGCCCGGCGCCUCAUUGGGCUUGUGCCCGGCCUGUACUUAGACGGGCGGCCCUUUGUUCGGGUCGCCUGCCUGUAGAAGUGGAUGGGGCGCGCCCCGCCUGGGCGGUCCUUGACCUUGAUUGUUUUGCCCAGAUGAAUGUUGCUCUGGGCGAUUGCCCUCUUUGAGGCCACUUGCGCGCCCCGAAGGGAGCUCCAGCUGGCGCGCCGCUCACGCGUGGCCAGCAGUCGCCUGGCCCGCCCUUCGCUCGUUGGCCCAGUGAAGUAUGGGUAUUUGUACCGAUCAGGC